AGCGCAUAAAGCAAAAAGAGGAGAGAGAAAGGAGAAAGAAGUAGAGAGAGAAAGAAGAGAACCGUUUGAGAAUUUUAUAGACGUUAUCGGACUUCAAAUCCUCAAUUCGCCGGGAUUUGGGAACUGCGGUCGCGUCCGGAGGCUCGCUUAGUUAGGCUUCCUUUCUCUUUCUUCUUCUUUUCGGUUUCGAAUUUUCGCGAUUCGCGAUGGUGCAGCAAGGCUGAGGUUGAAUUCGAAGGUCGUCGCUGUGGAGUGAAGAAUUCGGCUGUGCUGUUUUUUUUUCCGACGAUGUUUACGCCGCAGAAGGUGUGGUCAGGUUGGUCCCUGACGCCAAACAAGAGUGGGGUUCGGGGCAGAACCGGGUCGGGUUCGGAUUUGGGUCCGAAUUCGGGAGAUGGGGCGAGCGCGAAGGAGAAAGGUAUCGUCGCGGUUGUUGAGAAUGGCGGGAACAACUUGGAUCGCGAGGUUUUGGUUGAGAGAGUUUCCAGCCUCGAGAAGGAGCUUUAUGAGUACCAAUUCAACAUGGGACUUCUUCUGAUUGAGAAAAAAGAGUGGACUUCUAAGUAUACUGAACAAAGUCAAGAUUUAGUAGAAGUGAAGGAUGCUCUGGAACGAGAAAAAGCUGCUCAUUUAAUUGCUCUAUCUGAGGCAGAGAAGCGAGAAGAGAAUCUGAGGAAGGCCUUGGGUGUUGAGAAAGAGUGUGUUCUUGAUCUUGAGAAGGCUCUGCGAGAGAUGCGAUCAGAAAAUGCAAAAAUUAAAUUUACAGCGGAGUCAAAGUUGGCUGAAGCAAAUGCUUUAGUGGCUAGCGUUGAAGAGAAAUCUUUAGAAGUAGAAGCCAAAUUACGUUCGGCUGAUGCCAAAUUUGCAGAAAUCAGCAGAAAGAAUUCAGAGUUUGAUAGGAAAUCACAAGACCUGGAAUCUCAAGAAUCUGCACUUCGAAGGGAUCGAUUAUCCUUCAUUGCAGAGCAAGAAGCACAUGAGAAUACAUUGUCUAAGCAGAGAGAAGACUUGUGGGAAUGGGAGAAGAAACUUCAGGAGGGUGAAGAGAGGCUGGCCAAGGGUCAACAAAUUAUAAACCAAAGAGAGCAAAGGGCUAAUGAGAAUGAUAGACUAUGCCAACAGAAAGAGAAGGACCUUGAAGAGGCCCAGAAGAAGAUUGAUGCGACUAAUAUAACACUGAGAAGUAAAGAAGAAGACCUGAACAAUAGGCUUGCAGAUAUAGCUUUAAAAGAGAAGGAAUAUGAUUCUCUGAGAAUAAAUUUGGAUCUCAAAGAAAAGGAGCUAUCUGCAUGGGAGGAAAAGCUCAAUGCUAAAGAAAAAGUAUGUUCUUAUAUAUAUAUAUAUAUAUAUAUAUNAUUUUUUAAAUUAAUUAUAUCUGCAUAUGAACAUUUUAAUAAAAAAUUAUUAAUUAUUACACUCAUUUCAAAGAUUAAUUUAAGGUUUUACUCGAAUUGA